ACGCAGCCAGUGUAGCAGACGGCAGCCCGCCCAGGUGAAGGCGAGCACGGUGGGCUCCGCGGUCAGAAUGGCGGCUGUGCACAGUGAUUUCGAACUCUGGCUCGCCGACAAGUUACGAGCCUUAAACAUUGAUCCGGACGUUUUUGGGAGCUACAUCACAGGCAUACUGGAAGGGAAUGAGACGGAGGACGAGAAGUCCGAGGCGCUCCAAGGCAUCCUCACAGAAGUUUGCGAGGAUGCGCUGUGCGACGUGAAGGACGAGAUAUUUAACAAGUGGUCGGAAUAUAACGAGCGGCCAGCCGAGGGAGACGUGCGGGUGAAUGAUGAACAAGGUAAAUACAACGUCGAAGCGAAGCUAGUGAGUCUCAUGGAAGAGCAGGCCAAGUCUGUUGUCGCUGAAAAGAAUCUGUCUGUGGAGGAACAGAAGUUGCGACAGGCCAUUCUCGCACAGUAUGGCGAAGUUUCCGAUGGAGAGGAGGAUGUGGUAACAAAGCCAUCAGCAGAAGCGGUGGCUGCUUCUGUGGCCUCGGGAGCAGCUCCCAAGGAGCAUUAUGUUCCAAAAUUGCUAGCGAGGAACACAAACGCCGAGAACGUGGCCCACGCAGAGAAAGAGAAACGAGAGCUGAGCAAGCAGGAGCAUGAGCGCAAAAAGGCCCAGGACAAGCUGAACCGUGAGAAGCAGAAGCAGCAGGCACAGGAGCGCAAGGACAAAGAGCGCAAACGCACCCAGAAGGGCGAGCGGCGCCGGUAGCACCGCACGUCAGCCCGCAUACCCUCGUGACUCCCACCCUUCCCUUGUGGACCGUGUUGAACAGACACUAGUAAUAUUUUCUCAGCACUCGCAGAAAUGUUAACGCAGGCACAGUUGGGAUAUCGCAGCCACUUGAGUGAUAGACGCGUGACAAUUAGUUCACAAACUGCCUGCAUCCUUCAUGCCUCAGGACCACAAAACGCACCUGUGACCUAUUGACGAAUCUGGCCAAAGUAGAGCUUACCGUUUCAGCUUGAAUAAAAGCCAGCCAUGAACAUGGUGGAUGUUGCCACACUGAAACAAAAUGCGAUGCAUUUGCCAUUAAUUGUGAGUGGAUGCACAAAGCAUUAAUCAGUAGUUCUAAAAUUGUACACUGCACUUGACAAUUGGUUCACAACAAUCCAUAACCCUUUCAACAGGCACUUCCAAUGACCAUUGGAACCAAUGGCAGUUGAAACCUGCAAGCUCUGUUGCGGCGUUGGAGCGUUAUGUUAGUGGGGGCCAUGGAACAUGCAGGUGUCGGUGGUCGUUUCUUUCGCUGGUCUACUGGGAAAUGCAUGUCUGACAUGGGGUAUUAAAAUAACUAAAUACUACAUUCCCACUGCUAAUGACGAAAGGUGCUUGAUGCAUUAUUUCAUGCUCUAUGUUGACUCAGUACGAAUAAAGCCAGCUGUGUUCAUGGAUCUGGAUGCCAUGCUGAACCUGAAUGAAAUGAAUUCGCCAGUAAAAGCCAAUCAAUGGAUGCAUGGAGUUUGACCACUAGUAGUGAAAUUGCGCGUUGUGAUUAUAAAUGUUCUACUCUUGAGAUUACUGUGAUGUUGGAUAUCUGUGACCCAUGCGAGUCUGGGUUUGCAUUUCUCACCUCGUGCUGAUAGCAUGCGUGUUGUUCGUUGCCCGCCUUAGCAUGCAAGUGUGCCCGAGUUUCUUCCCUAGCACCGAGAAUGUGACACAUGUCCUAUGGUGCUCGUAUUAAAAAGGCGGGGGAAACCUGUAGUAAACUAUAAGUACCCUUAAGCCCCAGUGUCUUUGCCGUUGUGAUGCCUAAGCAGCUGACAGCAGCUAACAGUUUGUUGCUCUUCCUUCAUAUUCGAGGGUCAACCCGAUUUAAGUAAGCUCCACCGUGACCCCAUUGUCCUUUGUCGUUGCAGCAGCAAGAACCACUGGUCAGUAUUUGUUGAUGCAGGGAUGUGCUGUUUUCUUCUUUGGGCAGCUGUUUUGGUGGUGCAUGGUUUUCUUUUGUCAUUGACUGCACACGUCUGUGUGGUUAGAACAGUGUAAAUGUGUUAGCAUUAUUGGCAUUGGGUUGUGGAGGAGUGUAGUUUGUGCCAGUUGUGAAGGACUAUAUCUGAAGUGGGUUUCCUCACCACAGCUUGAUCUGUGGUCGCCAUCGCUUGAGGUUUGACACCUUGGCUCAGAAGAUGCAAUUCUUACUGCAUAACGAGCACAGAACACACUGUUUUGUCAUGUCAGAUAAAUUGAUGUAAAUUAUGUGGAGUUCUUACUCUGCUCGGAGAUGAGCCGUUACUUUUGUUGUCUCUGAUAAGGAGGUGGCGAUACACAUUUGGUUCUUGUGCGGCACUGCUAUGGAACCUUCAGCUGCUUGUUUCAGAGUGCUCUUGUGCUAAUGAGUAUAAAGCGUCCAUGGCGAUAAUGAGAUCAUUGUUACUAUAGUCAGCUUAUCUAUUUCAUUAGGUGAAUUUUAGCAAACAGGUGGAUAGCCUUCAGAAAACAAACCAAAAAAGUGUUAUGGCUUGUUUGAAUAUAGCUGAAACAAAAUGUAAUAAUCUGUUCAAAUAAUGUACAUAUUUGUCUUGUUUCAAUAUAAUGUAAAUUUUGAAGUUUCUGUUUUAAUACCUUUUUUUUUUUUUUCAUUCUACGAAAUGGCUGGAAUUGAUAAAGACAUUGAGGGUGAAAGGUCAACAACCAGUAAACAGCAUUGAUUACAAUGUAACCUUUUGCAGUCCUAUUAAGGUAAUGACCUCUGUAAUUGCACUUUCUUUUUUCCUACAACAGUUAGGAUCCUGGUGAAUGCUCCAGGCCACAUGGAAAUUUUGACAUGUUAAGUGGCUUGUGACUGCAUGAGUAUGCAUAGUAUUACCAUUUUAUUGGCUCAUGUCUACAGUAUGUACCAAACAAAAAGAAAAGCCCCAGCAAGUGACUAGAGAACUUUACAAGCAAUAACCCAAACACGUUUACAGUAAUAGGGACUGGUUCUAUCUGCCACGCAUUAUUGUUGUGCAAGUCAGAUGCUGCUAUACAAGACUGCUGUAGCUCUGCUGGAGUGCUUUGGGUCAAUCACUUUAAGGCACCAUUAGCUAAUGCAGCCUUGAGCACCUUUUGCUUGCUACAAAAGUCGCAAAAAGCUGUCAUUACGAGGAGAUGAAACACCUUAAGAAAUUAAGUCUUAGGCAUAGGCAGUCAUAGUUGUAACUCUGGAGUCGGUGAAUCGGGCUCAGUAGUUCCUCUAUGCGAAAUCGCUAUUGACCUGUGCAAGUACGAGAUUUCCAAGUAAAUUACGAGACCAGGUUACAGAAGCAGCUGUGCUCUUGUUUGCUCUUGUUUGUCUCAAACUUGAAAUUUGCUGGUGUAAGUAUAUUCACAAAAUGUAUGAUCUCUUAAUGUUUUGCGUGCCCGUAGCAGUUCACAACCCAUGACCUAGCUUUUACAUGUGCAGACAUACCUAUUGCAUUUACAGCAGUGUUUUCAAUGAUGUGCGACUUUUCCUGUUUGCUACCUUUGCUCCUACAUGUAGUGCUCACAGGCACAUUUUCUCCCUUCUAUAGACCCGGUGUCUGCAAGUAGGUAAAACUGUGUUGUAACCUGAUGGCUUAUGAAGUACCACUGUGCUGUAACCAAUACUUCCAGACUACUAUGUCAGUUGCCUAAUCGCAGCACCACACCACACCUUCGCCAGCUGCACCCACUGGGCAACAAACUGCAUGGUAUGUGCCACCACCUAGCAGACAUUGGCAAGAUCAAAGAUUGCGCAUGUACUCUUUAUCUCAAAGGCCAUGCCAUGUGUGGUCUUUCUCAUUUGCCACGUGGCGAUGUGCACAGUGCAACUUGCCUGGCAGGCAUGGCAGGCUGUGGAAAAGGGUCACAUUUCCGAGGCUCUCCAAAGUGGAGCAGUCUAGUAGGUGGCUGUAAACGAGCAAUUAGCUUACAUGGCAAUACUGGUGGCCAUUGCUCUUCAGCAGAAACCAGUUCUUUGAAACAUUAGUGGCAUAUUAAUUAAAUGCAGCUACAUUGAGAAAUGUAAUGGAAUUUUUCUUUGGCUAGCACCAAGGGGUCUGUGUUAUGCGCAAAGAAAAGCAGGAAGUGAAAGAAUGUAGAUGGUUUAGGCAAGUGUUACCUAUAGGCGUACGUGGAUGGUUUGGGCAGGUGUUACUGAUAGGCGUACUUGUAACAUGUACAGCAAAGAUAGUGUCCACGCUUGUGAUCUAGCCCAUGCAAAAUUUUUUUUUAACUUUUCUUGGUGCUUCUAUCAAGCUGUGGGCUGUACUCAUUUAAGUCUGGCCGAGACCAGCAAUUCAAAAGGAGCUCUUCAUAAAGCAAACCUUUUUCCUCUGCAUCCCGGCGAUUUCUGUGAACUCAAAUCUUUCAGAGUUACACUGCUAGUCAAUACCACCUUUUAACUUUUGUUUUCAUGUUACUCUGCCAAGUUCUUUAUUGUAAUUGAUCCGUACCGUUUGAUAUUUUGAAGGUUGUUCCCUGCCAUUGCUUCCACCUACAAUGCCAGUAUUCUUUUUACAUGUUCUUAAGUUCUUGCACUUGUUCUGUAUGCCACUUUACUAUUGAAACCUGGCUCACAUGUACUUGUGUUCAUGGCAUUUUCAAGCUAGUGGACAGUUUUGACUUCUAAAAUAGCAUUUUCACAAACAGCUACUGUGUACAACUUCCACAACAUAUUUACCUUGCCACAACUAGGGUAUCCUAAAAUAUGGAAAAUUCGCAUGCUGUUUUGCAAUAGCUAAACAUCAGCUCUGCUCAUAAAUGCAGAGCGCUCUAGAAAUUUUGUAUUGUGUAGAAGUGGUAGUGUGAUGUCUGUUUUAGAUUCAUGCAUGAACAUCGUCGUGGAAGACUCAGAAUGUGCUUUUUUCAUACGAUCAGCUUCAUCCAGUUCUCUGGGGCUUGCUUCAUUGUCUUUAUUUAGUUGUUAUACAAUGAUAUAGUCUAGACACAUUACAUGCAGUACAUCAGUUAUAUACUCAAGGUGUUCACUUGCACAUUUAAUAAGCAGCUGAUGCUUUACAACGAAGUGUCAAAAUUCUGACCUAAUAACUUGCAUAAUUUUCAUACUUUUUUUCCUGGCAUUUUAUGGCUAUACUGGGCCCGUAUGUUGAAUUGCACUUUUUGGGACAUCGCUUUUAAAGCAUGCCGAUUGGCAAAGCCAUCAGUCACAAUUCCAGUCAGUCCAGUAGAGAGUCACAUAGGACACAAUGCCGUGUAAAAAAUAAUCCAAAGUAAUGACUUGAGAACGUGGCUCCUGCACAUACUCGAGGCUCCUUAACAUUUUGUUAGGUGGAUCAAGAUGGGGCUAAAUCUUUUUUGUGCAUAUUAGAAAGAUUGUUCUGGCUGCAGCAGUCUAGUAAAGGCACUGAGUGAACUUGGUAGGCUGCAAGGAGAAAUGGCCAUUGUAGCAUUUAGUGUACAAGCGAUUAUAUGUGAAGCCUAGUCUGCUGUUGUGGAAAGGAGCAUCCUCCACGUAUAAUCACUUGUAUGGGAGCAUAGUGUAGCAGAGCACCUGUAGUCUCUGAUGUGCUGCCACUGUAACAUCUUUAUAAACGUAACACUACCUGCUGGAGGAUGCGUGAGUGACUAUGGUACUUAAAAUGGUAUUAAUGAGCACACCAAGCCAACAUAUAAUGUGCAAUGCCAACUGCUUUAUCACAGCACACUCAAAGAAUCUCUCGAUAUAUACUGUCCAUACUCCUUUAUAUUGGCUCUUGAUAUGCACACCGUCAAUAUAGACUGCAUCUUGUGGGAACACACACCCUUAUAUUGCAGGAAGUUGGGGACCCAGUGUGUAAAAACCGGAACAACACUGUGGGUAAUAUUUCUUAUGGAACUGGCUUAUUGUUCUUCAGUGCUGCUGGAGGUAGCUGUUGCUUGCACUUUUUUUUUUCUUUAUGUCAAUCUUGCAUCAGUGAAGCAGCAAGAAUUUCACCUGUAAAUCGGAGACUGGUUGCUUCCAGUGGGAAGUUCAAUUCCCAAAUGGUACGUAGUUAGAAGAAAUUCGCUUCCGACUGAUUGUGGUUCUGUUUCAUUAUAAACUGCUUUCUUUUUUUUAAACUUUACAAUUCAUGCUACCAGUUAUGCGAGAGGAGAGUGUUCACAAUUGUGUAUUUGUUUGGGUAGCGUGUAACGAAAUGUAGCCUUACCCGAAAAUCUGAGGCAUUGCUUUGCAGUAAAAUGUGAUAGCCCUCUCGAGAGAGGCAUUUCUGUACUAUAACCUUGAUGUUGGCACUUUGCUGCCUGCUCUGUUGUGCUGCAUGUCAUCUGCCCCUGGUUUAAUAAAUGUUACUGGAAGUCAUG